CUCUCCAUACGGGCCUAGUAACCAACGUGCAGUUGUGUAGUUCAGCGGUAUAGUGCACUCAUUGGUUUUCUAUCCGUGUUAUUACGAUACCGUUUCCAACGAGGUGGAUAUUCGUGUGUUAAUGAUUUAUUUUUCAAUUUAUUAUUGUUAUAUUAUUACGCGAUAAAAGAUAAAUACGAUUUUUUUUUAAAGGUUUCUUUCGAUUUACGUAUACUAUGUGAUUUGUGUUUGAUGUGUGGGAUACGUGUACAACAAACCAAACGGUUUUAACUUUGUAGAUACAGGAAUGUUACUACUUCAACACCGUAUAGAAUGCUUACAAAGACCAAAAGAUGCCUACAACUAGUUGGAGUAUUAAUUUCGAUAUGGCUGGGGCAUGUUGGAAGCCAAGCUGUGGUGGACAAUCGAUGUUAUUUAGAAAACGGCGGUUCGGCCGAAAGCUUCUUCGUGUCCGAAGAUGUACCAGUCGGAACUAUUAUUGGCGUUUUGAAGAUAAACGGAGACACGUCCGAAACUGGAAACAUAAAUUUAUCACUGAAAGAAGUAGACAGUCCUAUCGCCAUUCUGCCCGGUACAAAAGAACUCACUCUGACGAAACUAUUGGAUAAAGAAGGUAUUUCAGGACCAUCUUCUGUUUAUGUAAAUGUGAUCUGCGAGCGAAAACAUACAGCCGAUCCAAACUUUGCGAUUCCCGUGAGCAUUCGAGUCACCGACGCAAACGACAAUGCUCCUAUAUUUGUCAAUGCCCCUUACGUACUCAACAUAUCCGAGGUGACCGUGGUCGGGACCAGAGUGCUUCAGGGCAUCAAAGCCGUCGACGCUGAUCAACUUGGUCCGUUUUCCACUGUACACUAUACUGUGCUUCCGGGACCGCAUUCGGAUUUUUUCGUUUUCGUCAAUGGCCUAGAAGGAACUCUGGUGUUGAGAAAAGCGUUGGACUACGAAACCCUUUCAAAUUUUACAAUCGGUAUUCGAGCACAGGAUCAAGGAAAUCCACCACAAUACACAGACACAAUCAUAUAUGUUAACAUCAUUGACGCAGAUGAUCAAAAUCCGAAGUUUUACGACGAAAGAUAUACUGCCACUUUACCUGAUAAUGCUGUCAAAGGCACAAAACUUAGGGUGUUUCCAAGAGAAAUUGCUGCAUACGAUCAAGACCUCGGAAUAAAUGCUAAUAUUUUUUACACCCUGAACUCUGAUACUCAAGACUCUCGAUAUUUUGAACUGGAUAAAGUUUCGGGUAGUGUUACCGUCAAACGUGCCAUUCCAGAAGACGAUUUGUUGCAACCGGUCACUAUGGUCAUUCGAGCAACACAAUUCGAUAACGCCGAUCGUUACGCGCUGGCCACGUUAACCAUAAGCCGACCAGGUACUUCACUUCGUGAACUACAGUUUUUACAAGACCACUAUCAGGCGGGAGUGCUGGAAAAUGUGCCGUUGGAAAGCGUCCUGCUGACUGUGAUCACCAACAAGCCAAAGGACAAGCGGUUGAAGUAUUGGCUCAGUAAUUAUACAGACAUAUUUUCGAUUUCGAUCAGCGGUGAUAUCAUCUUGAAAAAACCACUGGAUUACGAAACGGUUGAUAAUUAUGUGUUUUAUGCUUUUGCUACCGAUAGUUUUAUGAAUACUUCUGCAUUUGUCAACAUCACCGUACUGAACGUCAACGAUUGGGAUCCGAGAUUCCGGUACCCACAAUAUGAGUUUUAUGUGCCAGAUAUAUCUUUAUCUCAAUUACUACCAGGCACGGUGAUUGGUAAAGUGGAAGCUGCAGAUGGCGAUCGUGGCGAUCGUGUUACUUUAGCACUUCGAGGCCCGGAAUCUAGAAUGUUCACCAUUGAAGAUUCAGGAGAUAUUGUACUAGGCGAUUUAUCAGAUCUUAACACUUCCACGGCACAUCUAGUAGCUGUGGCUACAGACACUGGAAUUCCUCCGAGACAAGCUUCAGUGCCCGUUAUUGUACAUUUGCCAGACACGAUUAUCAGGUCUGCUGGUCGAACAUCUGCCAACAGCUAUACAUUAUUCGUGAUAUUUGGAGUUAUUUUGGGCGUCCUCAGCUUAGUUAUAAUUGCAUUGAUCGUCCAUAUUCAAAAAAAUAAACAACCGAAACUUGGCACUGCAACUAAUUUUGACGUACGCACUAAGUUUGAAGGAUUUAAACGCACCAAUCCGAUAUAUGACGAAAAGCGUUUAGUUGGAGUGGGCACUAAAAUGCAAAAUCCAUUAUUCAAUCCGAAAGAGGACUCUGCCGAUCCUUUAUACACUGCAACGGUUAAAACAACUAGAAUGUUUCCUGGAACAACAAAUGGAAAUGGUCGAGCUAAAAUGGGCGCAGUACAGCAAACACUUCCUCGAUCUAGGCACAAAUUCCCUGCACCGGCUCCACCACAAGUUCCCAGGGGUGGUGGAGGUGGUGGCAGAUCGCCUGCUGGUUCUUCGACCACUACGACUACAGCUACUCCAAGUCCAGUGAGCAGAUUUUCUAGGAUGCCCCAUUGGCCUGCCGAGGCUAUCCCUAAACGUGUUAAGAAGCUCAGCUGGGAUGAUCGUAAUUCGUGUGCUCACAUGACGCGUGAGAUCGACCCGAGCGUCAGUGUGACUCCAGUCGAAGAAACGAGAAGAGAAGACAACUUGACCGUUUAUUUUUAAGAUAUUUCGAUCAUUCGAAAUUAAACUAAAAUAUUAAGUAUAACAACUAUGUGAUAAGAUCAAAAUUAUAACAUAAGGUAUUUAUAUAUUAUUACAUUUAUACAUACAUACGUCAUAAAACGUGUAUAUAAAUAAAUACAUUAUUCCUUUUUAUUGUGUUAAAUUUAGUCAUAUAGGUAUAUUAUGUGUUAAGUGUAGCGCUUAUAUAAACACAUACAAUUGUAUAGAAAUAAUCAUGUAGCUUUUUAAUUAUUAUUUUUUUGUUGUUGUAAUUAACUUUAUUAUAUUUCUAUAAAAUUUGUGUCUUUUAUACAGACUGAAUUAUAUAAAAUAUCUACUACCUGUAUAUUUGUUUAUAAAACAUAAUAUGAUAUGAUUGCUGUUCAAUAAAUAAUAAUACAUACAUUAUAUUUUAAA